GUAUAAAUAGAAAGAGGGAUUAAAGAAAGAAAGUAUUUUGCAUUUGCCAGUAUCAGUAGUAAGCAAGAGUGAAGACGACGAGCACAGAGACGGAGACGAUUGUUUACUCAUUUGGCGUUUUUCUCAGAUCAGAGAUCACCACCUCUCUCUUCUGACAAUGCACAAUCAGGAAGGGCUACCAGCGGAUGGGGAAGUAGAGUCGUCUUUUUCCAAUUCCGACUUCGGUGAAUGGGAUGCUUUUCCUGAUGAGGAUAUCAUGAACCAAAAAUCCCUAAUCCAGUCUGAUGAGGCCGACAAAAUCCCAUUUGUUGGUAACAAGGAACCCCUUUCUUCAUUAGCCACAGAAUAUCAAUCGGGCAGCACUAUCUUGUUGGAAAAAAUCAAGGUGCUUAGUGAACAAUAUGCUGCCAUUCGGAGAACACGGGGCGAUGGGAAUUGCUUCUACCGAAGCUUUAUGUUUUCAUAUCUUGAGCACAUUUUGGAGUCGCAAGAUCGGGUCGAAGUCGAACGCAUCAAAGCCAAUGUUGAACAAUGUAGGAAAACACUCCAGAGCUUGGGUUAUGCGGAAUUUACUUUUGAGGAUUUUUUUGGGCUCUUUCUUGAGCAACUAGAUAGUGUUCUUCAAGGAACUGAAUCUUCUAUAAGCCAUGAUGAGCUACUAUCCAGGAGUCGGGAUCAAUCAAUCUCAGACUAUGUCGUAAUGUUUUUCAGAUUUGUUACUUCUGGUGAAAUACGCAAGCGCUCAGAGUUUUUUGAGCCAUUUAUAUUGGGAUUAAGCAAUGGAACAGUGGAACAGUUUUGCAAGUCAUCAGUGGAACCUAUGGGGGAAGAGAGCGAUCAUGUUCAUAUUACAGCUCUUUCAGAUGCACUGGGUGUGCCCAUCCGUGUUGUGUACCUAGACCGCAGCUCAUGUGACACAGGUGGUGUAAGCGUAAAUCAUCAUGAUUUUCGUCCUACUGUUGUUGGUGAUAAGCCAGUUGCUAGUAGUAGCUCUGAGACAACUAGUCCUUUUAUCACCUUGCUGUACCGCCCUGGUCAUUACGAUAUUCUCUAUCAGAAGUGAUGCUCUCACCUUUUCUUGUUAGUGAAUAAGGUUUUGAAGAUAACAGGUUGACAAGGACAUUCAGUGCUGUGCAAUGCAAAUGCCAAAGUUGGUUAAGUCGUGAUUUAAACUCAACUCUCUCAGGUGUUUCAAAAAUACUGGCUAGUGGCUAAUACUGUUUUCAAGAUUAUACUUUUUAGUACUGGUGACAAAACAUGAAACCUUUCAAAUUGCAUUUUAUUAACAAGUUACCGAUUACUUUUA